GUGCCCCCUGCGUCCCGCACCCCCCGUAUCCCGGCCCCCCCGAACCCCAGCGCCUGGCUGGGCGAUGAGCGAGCUCAAGGACUGCCCGCUGCAGUUCCACGACUUCAAGUCGGUGGAUCAUCUGAAGGUCUGCCCACGCUACACCGCCGUGCUGGCCCGCUCCGAGGACGAUGGCAUCGGCAUCGAGGAGCUCGACACGCUGCAGCUGGAGCUGGAGACGCUGCUGUCCUCGGCCAGCCGCAGGCUGCGGGUGCUGGAGGCAGAGACGCAGAUUUUGACAGACUGGCAGGACAAGAAGGGGGACAGGCGGUUCCUGAAGCUGGGCAAAGAGCAUGAACUGGGCACCCCAGUUAAACACGGCAAGCCCAAGAAGCAGAAACUAGAGGGGAAGGGUGGCCAUGGCACAGGGCCCGGCCCUGGGCGGCCCAAAUCCAAGAAUCUCCAGCCCAAGAUCCAAGAAUAUGAAUUUCCAGACGACCCAGUUGACAUGCCUCGGAUCCCCAAAAACGAUGCCCCGAACAGGUUCUGGGCCUCAGUGGAGCCCUACUGUGCUGACCUCACCAGUGAGGAGGUGCGAACCCUGGAGGAGCUGCUCAAACCCCCGGAGGAUGAGGCUGAGCACUUCAAGAUCCCACCCCUGGGGAAGCAUUACUCUCAGCGCUGGGCCCAGGAGGAUCUGCUGGAGGAGCAGAAGGAUGGCGCCCGGGCAGCAGCUGCUGCUGACAAGAAGAAAGGCAUCCUGGGACCGUUAACAGAGCUGGACACAAAAGAUGUGGACGCCCUGCUGAAGAAGUCGGAGUCCCAGCAGGAGCAGCCUGAGGACGGCUGCCCUUUUGGGCCCUUGACGCAGCGCCUCCUGCAGGCACUUGUCGAGGAGAACAUCAUCUCGCCCAUCGAGGACUCCCCGAUCCCAGAGCUGGCGGGCAAAGACUCGGGAGCAGACGGUGCCGGUACUUCGCCCCGCAGCCAGAACAAACCCUUCAGCGUCCCCCACACCAAGUCCCUGGAGGGGCGGCUCAAAGAGGAGCUGAUUGCCCAAGGCCUGCUGGAGUCGGAGGACCGCCCCCCCGAGGACUUGGAGGACGAGGUCCUGGCGGAGCUGCGCAAGAGGCAGGCCGAACUUAAGGCGCUCAGCGCUCACAACAGGGCCAAGAAGCAGGAGCUGCUCAGGCUGGCCAAGGAUGAGUUGCACAGGCAGGUUCUGCGGCAGCGUGUGCGCAUGGCUGACAAUGAGGUCAUGGAUGCCUUCCGCAAGAUCAUGGCGGCACGCCAGAAGAAGCGCACACCCACCAAGAAGGAGAAGGACCAGGCCUGGAAGACCCUGAAGGAGCGUGAGAGCAUCCUCAAGCUCCUGGAUGGCUAAUGGGGAAGUGCCACACCGCCCUGUCUCUCCGGACUGGCUGCCCAGCUGGGCUCCCUCUGCCUGCACUGACAGCUCCUCGCUGGGGACGGGGAGGCUCCAACCCUUGGCCUUAGAAGUGACUUCCCCGUCCCUGUCUCAUUGGGGCUGGGCACGGGCUCAGCUCUGCCUGGGGCCAGGCAGGAGGGGUUUGCCAGGCCCUGGGGAAACAGCCCCCAUGCGUGUCCGCCUGCGGCUCUGAACCUGGUAGCACCUCCCUGAGCAGCUCUCUGUACUCCCCCUUCUCCCUGGGGUGCCCAGCUUCUCUGCAUCUCCCUUCCCUACUAUGGUGUGCAAGGGGCGAUCUCCCUUCCCAGCCGCCAGUGGGAGCAGGUGAUCUGCAGGGGUGGGUGCUGCGCAGGGCUGGGACCGGGCCCAGGGCCCUUCUCCUAGGUCUGUUCUUCGGAGCCCCGCUGCAGCCAAGGGCAGAGAGGGCUCCCUCACCCGUCUGCCUGUAGGCGGCACCCUUUCCUUUCUGGCCCAUCUGGCCGUUGACCCAGAGCCCUUUGUCUGGCUGCAGGAAAGAGCCACCCAUCAGCCCCGGGACCGCACAAGCACAGCUGCCUGUCUGGAAGGGUCCCUGGUCCCUGGAGGGCAGUUCUUGCUGCCUCCCUCCUGGUCACACGGGCAAGGGCAGGGGCUGACCGGCCCUGCUGGCAUAGCCCCAGCCUCCAAAGGGCCGAGCUCCCCUGUGCCAGGGAACACAGCCUGAAGCCAAGCAGGGAGGCGCUGCCUGGAGAACCCAGCGGGUUGGGUGCCCCCUGCAGUGCCCAAUUGUGAGCAGCAGAGGGUGCUGUGACCCUGGGAACGGCCGCGCCUGCAGCCCGCUGGGCCCUGCUGUUAUUCUUGGAAAGCCAUGACAUCAGCCAGGCUGCAGCCCCCAGUCUCACUGCCGGGGGAGGGGGGGGAGACAGACCACUGGACAGUGCAUCUCUGUUCCCCUUCCAGCUCAGUCCCCAGGUGCAGAGAGAGCUGCCAAAGCAGGGGGCUGUAGCUGUCCCCCUCCCCCUGGGCGGGGGGCUGGCCCCUGGGGAGCGGGGCUAGAAGGCUCCAUGGCUGGAGGCUGUCCAGCCCCGGGAGGGAGCUGCCGAAGUGCAGAGGGAAGGUGAGGCCCAAAGGGCAGCCCCUCACUUUGCCUCAGGCCAGUGCAGCAGUGGGGCCAGAGCAUGUCCCUGCUGUACCAGUCACGCCAGGGCAGAUCUGGCGGUGCUGGGUGGGCAGGAAGGCAGUAGCAAAUGGAGGGGCAGGGGCUGGAUCUCUGCCUCUGCCCAGCAAGUGACUAGCCCCUGGCUGAAGCCUGGGUGGGAGUGGGCAGCAGGCCCCACUCCUGGGACAGGCUCAGCUAGGUCACCUGCCCUGCAGCAGGGAGGGCCCCACUCCACCUGGGGGUCUCUGGGGCCUGCGCGCCCCCUGCAGCCCUGCACUCAGCCCUGUGUGAGGCUCGCCUCUCUGGGGGAGGCACAGGCCGUGCCUGGCUGGGAGAGCACCUUAGCCCUGGCUUGGGGAGCUCCUGGCUGUAGGAGCCGUCUCCUGGGAGGGCAGGGACACCAUGGCUAGGGCUGUGCUACUGGGCAGAACCCAGAGGGCUUGAGCUGGGGCCAGGUAGGGUCCUGGGCUCCCCUCUGCUUAGGGGGAGCAGCCUGCUUGCUGCCGAGAUUUGAGGCUCGGGGGGUCUCAGCACUGAGGCUGGGCCGGGCCGGGCUGGGGGUGCCGCCUGCUGCUGCAGGGCCGAGCGGCGCUGCGCCUGACCCCUGGGUAGGGCUGUACCUGUGAAUGACAGUGUUUUAGCUGAUGGGGGAGGGGAUUGAGGUGGCUGUGCACCCGUCCCAUGUCAGUGCCCAGCACCACUUCCUGUGGGAGAGUGGGUGGGUCUCUCUGCACAGGCCCUGCCAGGGAAUGGGGGGCAGGAGAGCAGAGCCCCUCCAAACCUAGCUGUAGCCCAGGGGGGGGGUGGGGAAGCUGCUACUUG